UCAGCUCUGCUCUCGUUUCUUCUGGCCUGGCUCGGCGCUCCACUCCACAACCUGGGGCUUGACAACACGGAGAUCCCGGAAGUGAGGCGAAGGUUCGGUCAGAGGCGCUGCGGCUGCGUCGGGUCUUCGGCGAGUCGUCGCCAUGUCUACGGCUAUGAACUUCGGGACGAAAAGCUUCAAGCCGAGGCCGCCGGACAAAGGCGCAUUCCCUCUGGAUCAUUUCGGUGAAUGUACAGCUUUCAAAGAAAAAUUCAUGAAGUGUCUGAGGGAGAACAGCUUUGAGAAUGCAUUGUGCAGGCAGGAAUCAAAGGAAUAUUUAGAAUGCAGAAUGGAGAGACAACUUAUGGCCAAAGAACCAUUGGCAAAAUUGGGAUUUAAAGACCUAAUAGAAGAAAAAUCAGAAACCCAACAGGAGACAUUGUGAUGAAGAGAAAGAGAAUCCUGACCUUUUCCUAUAGAAAGGAGCAAAUCUGCUGUGGUACAUAUUGUACAUUUCAGAUCCUAUCUUGAUAUGAAGUGCUCCUUGGAAGAAGCUGUUGCCAAGUAGAAGAUUUACAGUGCAAUCUUGUACACUUACCUACUCAGCAGUAAAUCUCACUGAGUUUAAUAGGGCUUACUCACAAGUAAAGGAAUCGGAUUGUUGUGAUGCUAUCCCCACCCAGUUAGUCACAGUGAACUCAGUGAGUUUUUCUUCUAAGGACAUGUACGUGCUGUUAGUGUGGGGAAGGAAAUAUUCCUUGGAUAUUCAAAUUUGGACUAUAAGCUCCCAAUACUUGCUUUAGGAAAAGCUUUGUUUUGGCGAUUCUGGCAGACAGAUUCAGCCCACCAGCCCUGGUUCUGUCCAGCACAGAACUCAUUGCACUGUGCAUUGGGUUCAGCUUCUCUUCUUACAAUUGGUAUAAAUAAUAAAUUAUUAUUAUAAAUUAUUAUUAUUUGAGAGAAAUGCUUCCUAGGAUCUUAAGUGUAUUUGCUUAGAAACACGGUGUGCUGAAAUUAUACACCAGGACUUUUGCAUCCAAGUGAAGCCUUAGGAUAGGUAUGUAAAUAAAUAAUGUUUUUGAAUCAGA